AUGAAGUCCGUCGUGGAUCUGUCGGGUGCCGAGGACGACCAGAUCGUCGUCGCGAUUGGCCGCACCGACACCGUUGAUCUCGGUGCUUCCGCGCCACAAGAACCAAUCGCGCCGGACGGAGUGCGUAAGGUCUACUGCCAAGGGAAGAGCUGCAAGACGCAGUGGCACCAAGUGGCCCUAGACGCAACCAGUGCUCUGCGUGUCAAGGGCAAGCUCUAUUGCGCGAGCUGUUUUGCAACGCUGGACGGCAACCCAGCGGCAUCGCCCGUGCGCCGCCUCUCCAAAAUCAAGUCGUUCAAGCACUCGGACCGUGACGCCAAGCUCGACAAGUACGACGCCAUCAUGAAAGACUCGGCCGAGUACCUCGUGUACCUCUGCGUCCUCGUGGUGUUUUGGCCGCUGCCAUGGAUGUACUACCAUCGGUGGCUCAAGCGCCGCCCGCUGCCCGAGGCAACGACCCUGCCGCGGUGGCGCGAUCGACUGCAUUGGGUCAUGGCGGCCGUCUCGCACCCGCAGUGCUUCUUCAGCUGCGUUUACAUUUGGUUUGUCUAUGUGGCGAUUGCGCUCAACUGCAAGUACGCGGCCCAGACGUGGUUUUGGUCCCUCCUCGAAGUCUACACGGUGUACUUUCUGUUGCUCAACAUCAUUUAUGCCGCGUCGCCAAUCCGCAAGUCGGCGGCGGUCCCGAGCCGGCGACUCUCGGACCCCCAACAACGACUCUCGUCGUUGCGGCAACCGCUGACCCCCGGUUUUGCGCUCAAGCGUCGCAACUGGUGGGAGCAGCUCUUUUGGGGCAUCGUCAUGACCAUCAUGCCCAUCUGUGGUGUUGGGUACGCUGAGCAUCUCUACGCGUCCCUUCCCAACACGUUUCUCAUCGCCAAGGUUGGUGGAGAUGUGAAUAGUUUGGUCUUUCUGGACAAAAACGGACAGCCGUUCGCGGACGACCCGGCCCCGACUGUCUUUGCCUCGCGCGUGGGAAAGCGAUUCAAAUUGUACCUCGUGCACUCUGCGCUUUGGGUCGCGAUCAACCUCGUCGUGGUUUUCAACGGCAUUUUGCUGCAUUCGUGGGUCACGCAGGUGGCGCCGUCGACGCCGUUUCUAAUUCCGCUGAGCUCGGUGCUGCAAAUCCCAGCCAAUGUCAACUACACGGUUCAUGGCACGCUCUCGGAUAUCUGCGACGUUCACGACGACGGCUCGAUCCGCGCUGUGUGGAACUUGGUCUUGGCGCCAAAAACGAGCUACAUGAACGGGCUUCCGAUUAUCGAGGUCGGGUUCGCUGAUCCAUUUACCAACGAGAAGGUCUACUUGGAGGCGCUUUCAGUGGGCACGCUGGACGUCGUGACGGUCAAUGCCGACUCCGUGUCGUUCCAGCCGCCCGUCAUGACGAGCAAGGUUACGCUGCGCGCGCGCUUCUUCAACCGCUCGUCGUGCGACGACGUUGGCCGCUUGAGACUUUUGCACACAUCAACGUAUGCCCGGAUGUCGAUCAAAGAUCAGUUUGGGGGCACGGAGCGCAGCGGACUGCCGUUCUGUCUUUUGAUCAAGUACUGUGUCCAGAUGUACGUUGUGGCUGGCAUCGUCGGGUACUCGUCGCUCCAGAUCUGGUCCCUCUGGCUCCAAUUCGACUCACUCACGGCAAAAGACGACAAUGAUGGCAAGACGCGAGCGGCAACAGCCCAAGAGGAGGUGAAGAAGAAGACGGUCGAUCUGACGCUGCACGAGAAUUUGAAUGUCUGGUACAAACUGCGCUGUCGCGUGCUCAAGGUUGUCGCUGUCUAUACGCAGUUUGUGACGGCGCUCAUGUCGAUUGCGCUCGUCCAGCUGGCGGUCGCCGUCGGUGGCCUUGUCAUCUACUGCAUCAGUGGCGUUGCGCCACUACCCGGCUACUACUUGCUGAUUCUGACGCUGCUUGGAUCGCUCUCGACACUGGUGUUUCUCUUGCCAUUGGCCAAGGCGCUCGACAUUCAAGCCAGCCACGAGGCGAUGCUUCAUGAUGUACUGCUCAGGCUCCAUCUCAACGCGGAGAAGCGUCCGAAGAAGGACCGACUGAGCUUGAUUACGUGCGUGACGCGACUCAUCGAGAAGGUCGGACCCAACGACGACCGGAUUAGCUUUUGGGGCGUCGAGCUCUCGAUGGGGCGGCUGAUCGGACUCGCAUUCUCGAUUGGCUCGGCGUUAUCGGUGGUCUUUUCCCAGUCGGUCCGCUACUCGUUCUCGGCGCCAUCGGACUGGUAUGCUACGUUUGGAUAGUAAAAAUCGAGCGUAUUUGUGUGGCCGAAUUAUACUAACAG